AACAGAUGCAGACGGUCGAUCGGGCAGGGGGUCUUCAAUUCCGUCUGGAGCUUCGUUUAAAUUGAGCAGAAAAAAAUGUGUUGUAGCCGUGCGCGAUUUAAAGAAGCAGCUGCGAACACUCGUCCACGUUGUUACAUUGCCGUUUCUACAGUGUCGUAGAGGUGAAAUGUUUGUCGACGGUGUUGGCGCCGCUGUGUUAUAGACGUGUAGACACACGCACGUGAAAUACUGUGAUGGGGUUUCAAAUGUGUGACUCAGCCCGUGCUAAAUGGCAGGAGGUUACUCUCGGUGGCCGACUAGCCUAUUCCAUUUUCUUCGUCACGGCGUUUGUUCUGGCCGGGAUAGCUGUGGUGGUGGUAUCUGUGAUGCUGCUGCUGGACAGCACCAAAUACUUGGCCAAUGAGGGCAAAGACAGCUACCUCUACCUCUCGGCUAUCUACAUCCUGCUUGGGGCGGGCGGCCUGAUGGCUCUCGUUGGGUUCCUCGGUUGCUGCGGAGCGCUACGGGAGAGCCCCUGCAUGCUGGGCACUUUCUUCAUAUUUCUUCUGGUGAUCAUUGCGGCUGAAAUUACUGGUGGAAUCUGGGUCUGGAUGAAUUUGGCUGAGUUUGAGAAGUCUGUGAAGACCCAGGUGCAGCACAUGAUUCAGAAGGACUACAACAGCUCCGAGGUGAUCACCAAGACUGUGGACGCCCUUCAACACGAUUUGCGGUGCUGUGGCAUAGAUGGACCCCAGGAUUGGUCUUCUGCUAAGUUCAACCAAAAGGAAGGAGGACUGCACCUGCUGGAAGCCGGAAUACGGUCUCUGACAGGGGCGUACAAGGUUCCCGAGUCGUGCUGUGUCCAAGAAGCACCAAAGGCUGCCUGUGAACUUUCUCGACAGUUCGGUGGAACAUCCAUCCUCACGGGCCUCCACUCGCAGGGCUGUGCCACAGCGCUCUGGAAUGGGCUCAACAACAACUUGGUCUUGGUGUGUUCAAUAGGACUUGCCAUAUCAGUGCUUCAGAUCCUGGGUCUCAUCUUCACCAUGGUUCUGUGCUGUGCCGUUCGAAGGGAUGGCGGUUCCAGCUUCAAGGCCUGAGAACAUUUCCACCCACAGCUGUUAUUCUUCGGAACGCUUCAAUUUCCCUUUGAGUUCCACCAGCCACGUACACCCCACUGCAGUCAAGCUCCUCAGCCAAAGUUUCACUGCUGCUACACAUCUUUUUAUGAGCCAUGUUCAGAGAGGAUGCCGCCUCUGGACACAUGUGGAAGGAGGAGGUGACAGACGUUCCGUUCUCGAAAUGUGUUACGAGCGCAUCGAUUUUUCAGGGAUCUCACGGACAAGCAAAAAUGUCAUAGCCGAUGGGAAUGUAAUGUGCGCGUCUGAGGAAACAUACGCCUCACGGGGGCGCCAUUGAUAGGGCACCAGGGUUUCACAGACGCUAGGAGCACGUCUCGUAAGCGUGUUUUUACAGAGAAAUGAAGAAAUGUCAAUUUUUUUUUAAAUGGACUUUGGAUUUUGAGCGAUUCGUAUAUGAAGAAACCUUGGAACAUUUUAUAUUCACUGUGGUUUUUGUGAAAAUUUGAAAAACUCUAGCAUGAGUUCUCUACUAGUGCACGCAUGCAAAAGGCUUCAAAGUACUAGUAUAACUUUUCUCGCGGGUUUAAAAGUGCAUUGAAACUAAAUGUUCUAGCUAUUAAGCCAAUUACUUCAAGUUCAGCACUGCUGCCUCUUCUACCGAGAGCAUAAUACAGCUUUUUAACGCUGCAUCGGAUCGUCCCAGAUGUACUCUGUACUUUGCAAAGUAUGAAUGCCACUUUUGUACAGCAUCCACAGAUACUCUGUCGCACGCAAAAUAUGUACUUGCGAAUAUUCGCAACAGAUACUCGAGCAUUUUGCUUCUCUCAUUACACGUGUAGGAGACGUUUUUAAAAAACAUUUCUCAGGAAGAUGUAUCGGACGCAGUGACUUUUAUUUCGAGGUGUUUGAGUUUCCAGAGGGGGCAUGAACUAAUUUAUCGUAGCAUUCUUUCGAUGGCCAGCUGUAAGUUGUAGUGGUUUACAGUAUUUUGAUAGUGGUUGUACUGGGUGUAUUUUCUUUUAGCCCAAAAGCUUUUCUCCCAGUAGAGUCGCUGUCUCGCUUGCCAGGUCAGCACGCCAUGUCCUCGUUAACCUUUUCUCGAGUAUUUUUAAGUUUCGAGAUCACUGAUGGUUCCCCGUUUGCAUUUGCCGAGAGUUCCUAGUAGUUAUAAAGUGGAAAUUAUUUUUGCGAGACAACGGAUUAAAGGAAUAAAUGUGGCGAAAGUGAGAUCUUCCGUUGUCACGUGGAGCACAUGGCCUCCUGUUGAACCCCGCUUUGUACGUUAGGUGACGCGUUCUUCGUUUUUUUUAGUGUUAGUGGACCUCUCAUUAUCUUAUUUUCUGUUUAAAAUAGUCUCACGUUGUAACAUUCACUUUUUACAAAUGAGAGCUCAUUGUUUCAUUGUGAGUUAGGUGUCCUGACGCAAUUCUGGUAGGGUAUGUUAAACACAUUUUUGCUUCGGGGUGAGUGACAACUGGGGCCCCCAAUUUGCCGCUUUGUUGGACUGCACAUACGAAAACUAAUUGUCUGUCUGUACUGCAUAAGAGAGCUAACAAGAACCCUCCCUCUCAUUGGGACAUGUACGGCCCUCCACUAUGGAUCUGUUCCUUGGGUAUGGGUCAACAAAAAGGCGUACAAGCGUGACAUUUAAUGCGAGCUCCUGCGAAACUGUGAAUGUGGGCCCUAGUUUUAACGAGUCCCCUUUUACGUGUAUGGCACCCUUAUGCCCCAGCACACCCGUAAGAGCCAGUGUAAGCCACCCCACAUCACGAAGAAGCUUCACUUGAAAAUGACGUCACAGUUUCUUCUAAACAGAAAAACUCUAGCUUGGUGCCACUUCGUUUGAGCGCCCCCUCCCCUUCCAUCCCAACAACAAUAUCUGCUGCCCAUUUUCUAUUCAAGACUCAGAGUACAAAUCAAGUAACAAGCUUGAAGUAUAAUCUAUUUUUCGGUUUGAACUAAAAAAAUAUUUACUGCCACGAACAAACUGAUGAUGCAUGAAGUGGGAAGAAAGGAAAUUAUCUACUUUGAUACGCAGAGUUUAUUUUAUAACGCUAGUAUCGUCGAGGGCUCGUGUAUUUAUUGAGGACUAGCUGUCGCAGUCUGUAUAGCUCGUGUGCAGGAGAACAGUAAUGGUGAAAUAAUGCCGCUCAUUGAAAUUGGAUUUUUGGUUUAUUGUAAAAAGAAACUGUUUCGAUGUACAUAUGCAUAAAUAACAGCUUGCACGAACGACCAUCGUGUUUUUUGUUUUUCACAUGUGUUCACUUUCAUCGUGCAUAUAAGGUCGUUUUGAUGUCCUUGGGUAUGACUUUCAUUGUGCUACACUAAAUUAGUUGUUCACAAAUUAGUUUCUACACUGAAUCUUUAUAAUAAUUACCUUGUUCAGCUAUGGAAUGCAAAAUAAAGAAAGAAGGGCUUGUGUGAAAUGAACAACUUUUUGCGAUCAAACUAUCAUAAUGAGAAAAAAAUUCCAGUGCCAUCAUUGUUGUUGUUAUCAUAUCCGAGAUUGCUUUCAUCAGUGCAAAUGAUUAUCCUGUAGCUGUGUAAUGCUCAUUUGUUUCCUACUCUGAUGCUAGCCAUGCAGAGUUAUUUUUUAGCCGUGCAUAAUGAAUAAAGUAAAGUUGCCACUUUGUA